ACGACAUCUCUCCUCAUCAGCGUACCUUCACUUGACAAAACACUGUUGUUACUGCGUUGUUUGGUUGUGGCCUAGCCGCGAGUACUCCGGGGCCUCCGUCAACGACACUUGGGAAUACGAGUAGAGUAUUAAUUUCCUUCUUGGAACCCUUUCUUUGGUCGUCAUUCGCAAACAACAUCCUUUCAACCGUACUUGAGGCGAUCUGGCCUCUGCUUUUUCCCUUGGUCGCCAAUUGGGAUAAUUAGUUAUUCGUCGAUUUCGGCAACCAUUGCCGUUUAUUGAUCAACAGUCUGGUGAGUUCGGCCCGGAUGGGAGUCCGUGUGAUUCAAUCGCCGCCCUCUCGGCCAUCAUCCACAUUCGCAACCGAGCACUGACGCUAACAUCUUUUCGCAGUUUUCUUUUUCUCUUUCUUUUCUUUUUCUCUUUCUCUUCCCUUUCUUUUUUCUUUCUUUUUUCGAGAAAGGUUCGCUGCCACCGAAACUUACAAAAUAGGUCCUACGAUACCUGCGCGUUUGUUCAUUCGGUAUAAUAAUAAUCAAACCAUGCGAUCGUCUAUUGCUUGCGUCCGCUGUCGGCGGUCCAAAGUGAAAUGUGUCAAUGUUGGACCGAACACAACCUGCCGCGCCUGUGAAGCUAGCAAUAGGGAAUGCACGUAUCCGGCUCCUGUUGCUAGCGGCGCACCUAGGACCGCGUCUGGUGCGACUCCCUCAAGACCAAACACUGGCUUGGGUGCGAACAAGGACCUUGCGCCGAAUGUUGGCGGUAUCUCGUCGCAUCAUGGACAUACGGGUGGAGAUAGGCCGGAGGUUUGUUCCAUCGCAUUCGAGACGCUGGUGAAUUCCGACUAAUCUCUUUCUUUCUUUUUCUUUUUUAAUUCUAUUAGGCUCCGAAGAAGGCGAAACCCAAGAAACCGGCUCCCUCUGGGAACGCUGCAGCCAGCGCGGCGAAUUACACGGGACCAAAGGCAUGGAAAGAAGCGCUUGACUCCCCUAUCUUGAAUCAGACCCUUUUGACUCAAGUCGUAAGUUUCAUUAUUCGCCUCCGUUUUGGAGAUUUUCGCUAAAUAUUUGGGGCCGUUGCAGUUCGAAGCGUUUCAACUGCAUCAUUCGCCUACACUUCCGUUCCUUCAUCCUCCUACCUUUCUCUCACGGUUGCGUCUACCGAAUUCGGCAUCCGCGAAUACUGGACCCAGUUCUACAUCGCCCCCGGCUCCUGAUAAAGGUCAUUCUCCAUUGUUGAUGCUAGGUCUUCUCUGCCUUGCUGCACGUCAUGUACCCGCCCUCUCACAGCACUUCGCGCCAGCACUGCCCACCCCAGCAGCCGUUUCAGAUUUUUAUGCAUCGGCACUCAAAUAUCGCUUGCAGAACGAUGAAGACGCCAGUCACGGAGAACUUGGCGCAGCGUUCGCCGCUCCCUCUUUGGAGAAGGUACAAGCCAUUGCCAUGCUAGUUGUGCACGAGUGGGGAAUGUGCCGUGGGGCGGAAGCUUAUGUUUGGCUUGGUGUGGCUAUUCGGAUGGCUAUGGCAUUGGGGCUGAGUUGGGACGAUGCUCCGGAGCCGGGCUACCCAAUUUCGGAACCUGCUCUUUCCCCUGGAAAUGGUGAUAGGAGCGGUGGUAGCCCCAAUUCCAAGAGAAGGAGAUUGGAAGGUGGGAAGUCUGCGGGUGCUAAGGCUACCGGGAAGGAGUUUACGGAUAAGGAGGUUAGGAGGAGGACCUUUUGGGCCCUGUUCAUGCUAGACCGUUCGUUGAGUUCUGGUAGAUUUAGGCCGAGCGGGAUCCAGCUUGCGGACGCUGCGAGGGUCCAAUUGCCUUGUGAAGAGAGGGGAUUCCUGUUUGGGGAGGGCGUACGCACUGGAUUUUUGACUGCCGACGGCCUGGAUGAGAAGAGUGAUGAUAGGAACGGUGAUAGCGUUGGAGGGCGUUGGGAAGUUGGAGAUGAUGAGGGAAUCCUCGCAAAGGUCGUUCGCAUUACAGAAAUUUGGGGAAAGGUGCAGGCAUGGGCUUGCGCGGCUGGUGGUAGAAGGUAUUUGUCUUGGGCUGGCUCUCCUUGAGCAUUUUGCAGUGUGCUGAUGAUCGAUAGAAGUGAAAAAUACCCACCGUGGUCUCCGAGGUCGAAUUUUUACAAGCUGCAACAGAUGCUGGACAAUUUCUACUCCUCGCUCCCCGAGCACCUGCAUUUCUCCCCCCAAACACUCUCUGCGCACAUGUCUUCGCGCACCUCAAGCGCAUAUGCUGUUAUGCAUAUAACUCAUUUUCUAUGUCAGGUUGUGAUGCAUAGGGAGUACAUCCCGUUCUUGCCUCUUCGCCUCACUAGGCCCCAAGGCCCGCUCGACCCGCCCCUGUUCCCAGCUGACGAUCCUGAAACCGAUAGGGAAGGAUUGGAACCUGGCGUGACAAUAGCUAUGUGGUGGGAAGAAUCUGCCAAGGAAAUAUUCAGGUGCGCCGGAGGGAUAAUGCAGAUUGUCAAUGGGUUGGAGGAAUGGAACAGCUCUGUCGAGACGCCCGCUGUUGGUUUUGCUGUCUACAUGGUUGGGGUUUGCGGUGUUUACGCUUGGUCUUUCCCUUGGAUGGAUCAGAAGGGGUAUCUCACCGGGUCCAUUCCCGAUCCUACCAGCAAGUCGCCUAGUCAUUCUGGGGACGAUGAGGAUGAGAAUAUGGAGGGCGGCCGCAGUGCGAGAGAACCGGAAGGCUCUGGAGCGGAGACUAGGAAGGCAAUUGAACUGAUCAGCAAGAUGAAAGAGAGAUGGAAGAUGGCCGAGGAAUGGUAUAUCACUUUUGGGAGACUGCGAAACUAUUUCAAGACGAUCCGGGAUGAAUACGUUCGCCUUCAUCAUCAUGGGGGUGGCAUCGAAGGGGCCGCUGGCCCAGUCCCUGGGGAAUCGGCGGAAGCUGCUGUUGCCAGGAAGCUGAAGCAAGGUCUCGGAGGUGGAUUUGAGGAAUAUCGUCAAUUUGAAAAGCUAUUUCAUGAUUUUAGUGGAAUGGAUGAAGGCGAACUUGCGACUAAUGCUCGUGCUGGGGUAUCCCCUGACGCCAAGCCUGGGAGUCGAGCCAACGCUCCCGAAGCGGGAGUCGACCAUCCCACCGCUCCCGAGAUCAAAAAAGAGGUCAAACGUGAGGGAGAUGUCGAUGCUCUCCUUGCUGCCGCCGAAGGAGUCCCUACUGAAACUGCGGGCGGCAGCGGAGGAGAUAGAUGGAUGGCCAUCAACACGCCCCGCCAAGCCCAACAGCAGCAGCAGGCGCAGGCGGCCCCUCAGCCGCAAGCGUCUACGCAGGGCCAAGCAGAUGGUGGCUUUCUCGCAUCAUUGGCAACUUAUGCAGCGGAUCAGGAACCGAUGCCUCAGAAUAACGCCAGCCCGGGCCCGGCUGCUGCACAUCUCAAGUUACAGGCGCCCCCCGCUAUCACCCCACCUCCGGUAAGCGCGGUACCGGGGCAGAUGCCAGCAGCUUCCUUGGGUGGUCGUGAUGUCUCCCCCUCUGCAGCGCGUAGCACCACUCAGAAACAGUCGUCCCCGCCACCAAAACCGACGCUAAAUCAUCCAAAGCCGAACCCGGAACCAGUCAGGAAGUUUGCUGAACAUGAACAACUCCAACGUGAGAUUGACAAGGGCGAUAAGUGUGGAGGAACCGAAGACGUCGCGGUUUUUGUCAAUGGUCAUGGUCGUGGUAUCGCGGAAUGGACAUCGGGGGAUAGCUGGUUGGGUGGUGAUGGGAUGUGGGAGAAGUAGUCGGGCUGAUGUUUCGGUAACCCUGGGACUGGUAUGGGUACUAGUUGCAAUCACAGCUUUGGCGCUCUUGUUUUGAGGGCUUUCACUCCAUUGGGCAUAAUUCGGGUAUUCUUUCUUGUUUUCCGGCAGCGGUGGGAAUAAUCCAUUACUUUCCCUCGUUCAUGUUUGGCUUUGUAUAAAAAAAAUUCUGGGGAUUCUUUCCUUCCUUCCCUAGUCUUCGUUUCUCCUCUCUUCGCUUCUUCAUAUAACAUUCUCGUUGGGCUUAGGGCAUUCAUGUUUGGUGAAAUAAAAACGGGUAUUAGUGGGAUUCUUUUCUCUUGUUUUCCUUUUCUCAAUUUCGAUUCCUUCCUUUUUGGCUUACCAAUUGUAUUUGUAUGACUAGUGUUUUUCUUCUCUUCUCUCUUUUGCCCCCUUUAUUUAUUUUCAUUUUCAUUUUGCUUCGCUUUGUUUUUCCUGCGGUUUGAAAUUUCCUCGAGCUCUAUAUUCACACAUACAGGUAUUCCGAGGACCGAACUAAAAAAAAAAAGAAAAAAAGAGGGAAGCGAGGUUUUCUCUGGUGUUUUUAUCUUGUUUGUCCUGCAUGUUGAGUCUAAAAUUUUUCAUAGUUUCAGGUCCAGUUAGCUAGUUUGUUAGCGGUUAGGGUCGCUUUGUAUGGGUAAGCUAGAUGGAAUAUAUCAUAGAUGGUUCACGAC